AUAUAAUCUUGGUUAACUAAUGGGUAUAAAUAAAAUCCGGUUCAGUUUCUCCCUCUUCGUCAUUCAGAUUAUCCAUUCCUUCCCUCCAAUCCUCCAUCGGAGCUUUCCGUAAUUCGCUGCCUUCUUUUCUAUCACCGGAGGAAGAAGCUUCCUUACAUUCGCAAAACGCCAUGGACGCCAACAAUGCUUUCGAUUCUGAUCUGAUUCACGCCAUCUUCAAGCACAUUUGGGCGCGAAGAUUUCGCGAAAGAGAGAGGAGUGAUGCCAUUGAUGCUACCGACGCUGAGGUUGCUCUGGGAACAUCCAAGAAGAACAGACUUGCUUCUGCCAACUCAAACGCUCUGAAACUUAGCUGUGAGCUUCUCAAGAGUUUUGUCUCAGAGGCUGUGCAGCGUGCAGCUAUAAUUGCUGAAGCCGAGGGGAUCGAUAAGAUUGAAGCGAGUCAUUUGGAGAGGAUUCUUCCUCAGCUUCUUUUAGACUUUUAAAAAGGUAUGAAUAUGAUCGAGAAUAAUUUGAUCUGAUGAUUAACAGUGAUUUCACGCAAGGUUUUGUGAAGAUAGUACACAACUAGUUUGUCUCUGUUUUGGUCUUUUACAUGAGCUAGUGUGAUCAUUUAUAUGGUAAUGUUCAUGAUAAUAAAAUAAGAGAACAAAGUAUAUAUGUAAUUUGACUUUAUCAUGUCUCUGUAUAACAGUAAUAAAGUAGAGUGUUUAUACCUGCA